AUGAAGAGCAAUCUUGAAGAAGAUAAUAGACUAGCAGCAGUUUAACAUUGUUCAAAAAGCUAAGUAUAAUUAUAAAUUGAAAAUGUUAAGGAGUUAAAAAAAACUUUUAGAAUCCAAGAGGCUUUAGAGGAAGUUAACAAAGCAAUAGAUAUUUUCCCUAAAUUUGCCGAAGCAUACACUUUGAGAGGUUUAAUAAAUAUAAUAAUAUUCUUAGGAGAACUAUUUGAAAGAUUAAAAUUGUUUGAUCAAGGUUUGGAAGAUCUAAACAAAAGCAUAUAAUUAGAUGAUAAUUCAGUCGAGAGUUUCUAUUAAAGAGGUAAAUUAAGAAAUAAAUUAUAAGCUACAAUAUUUUGGAGAUUAAAGUUGUAUGAAAAAGCUAUGGAAGAUUGCUAGAAGUGUAUAGUAAUAAAUUCAAAUUUUGCAAGGACUUAUUGUAGAAUUGGUAUAAGAAAUAUUUAUAGAAGGGAUUAUUUUAAAGGAAUAGAAAAGAUAUGAAGAGGCAUUAUUGUAAUUUGAAUUAGCUUUAAAAAAAGAAAAUGAUUGCUUUCAUGCUUUCUAUUAUAGGGGUGAAUUAGAAUAUAAAUUUAAGGUGAUUUAUAUAAAGAAAUUGGAGAAUAAGAAAAAGCCUUAAGCGAUUAUACUUAAGCAAUCCUACUUGAUGCUAAAUAAAGAAAAGUCUACUUCAAAAGAGGUUAACUAUUGAAAUUAAUAUAGCCAUUUUAUACAAAAGAAUUGGUGAAAAACAAAAAUCCCUAAACGAUUAUUCUGAAGCAAUCCUACUUGAUCCUAAAUAUACGAUGGCCUAUAGCAACAGAGGUUUAUAUUUAAAUUAAUGUGAGGCGUAUUAUAUGAUGAAAUUGGUGAAAAGGAAAAGGCCUUAAGCGAUUAUAAUCAAGCCAUUCUACUUGAUCCUAAAUAAGCAAAAGUCUACUACAAUAGAGGUGAAUUAAUUCAAUAAACUAAUCUUAGGUACUUUAUACAAAGGUAUGGGUGAAAAAAACAAAGCUUUAAGCGAUUAUAACCAAGCAAUCCUACUUGAUCCUAAAUUUGCAUAAGCCUACUAUAAUAGAGGUAAAUUAUUUAAAUAAAUAUUAGGUAAUCUAUAUAAAGGAAUUGGUGAAAAAAACAAAUCUUUAUACGAUUAUAAUCAAACAAUCCUAAAUGAUCCUAAAUUUGCAAAAGCCUAUUACAAUAGAGGUAAAUUAUUUAAAUUAAUAUUAGGCAAUUUAUACAAUGAAAUUGGUGAAAAAGGAAAAGCCUUAGACGAUUAUAAUCAAGCAAUUUUACUUGAUCCUAAAUAUGCAAUGGCCUUCAAUAAUAGAGGUGAAUUAAUUAAAUUAAUAUAAGGUGCUUUAUACAAUGAAAUUGGAGAAAAAGAAAAAGCCUUAGGUGAUUAUAAUCAAGCUAUUCUAUUUGAUCCUAAAUAUGCAAAAGCCUAUUAUAAUAGAGGUUAUUAUUUAAAUAAAUAUUAGGCAAUUUAUAUAAAGGCAUUGGUGAAAAAGAUAAAGCUUUAAGUGAUUAUAAUUAAGCAAUUCUACUUGAUCCUAUAGAUCCAAUUGCCUACAACAAUAGAGGUUAACUAUUUAAUCUUAUAUUAAUAGGCAAUCAAUACAAAGAAAUUGGUGAAUAAGACAAAGCCUUAGACGAUUAUAAUCAAGCAAUUUUACUUGAUUCUAAAUAUGCAAAUGCCUUCUACAAUAGAGGUAAAUUAUUUAAAUAAAUAUUAGGCAAUUUAUACAAUUAAAUUGGUGAAAAGGAAAAAGCCUUAAGUGAUUAUAAUUAUGUAAUCCAACUUGAUCCUUAAUUUGCAUUUGCCUAUAAUAAUAGAGGUGAAUUAUUUAAACUAAUAUUAGGCAAUUUAUACAUAGGUAUUGGCGAAAAAGAAAAAGCAUAAAACGAUUACUUAUAAGGAUUAGCUGCUUCUCCAAAUCAUCCAUUAUUAUUAAGUAAUCUUGGUGAUUUGUAUUACUCUCUUGGUCAGAAUACUGAAGCUUUUGAUUGCUUUUAAACACUUUAAACAACCUUAUAAAAUCUUACCUAACAAUAAAUAUCCAUAUCAUCUUUAAGCAAAGGAAAUUUGAAUUUUAUUACAAAAAAGAUUGAGCUCCUUAAAGAAUUAGAUUAAAAAAUAACUGAAAGCAAAUAAAAGCUUUAUAAAUUUCUGACUUAAACAGGAUAAUUAAAACAGGAUUGUAUUUAACAAGAAUAAGAAUUAUAAAAUAUACAAAAUUCUAUACCUAAAAUCUUAUCCAAUCCAUUGAAUCAAUAAACCUAACCUGAAGUUUAAUAAUAGUAAAAUGACUAACUCAUUCAAGUUUUACAAAGAAUCAAUUCUCUUUAAAUACAAUAAAAUAAAAUGGAGGAAGAAUAGAAUAAAAUGUAGUAAUAAAUAGAUAUGUUAAUUUCGUAAGAUCGUAAUUAAAUAGAAUUAUAAUUGAAAGAUUUAGAUAAAUCAGAAAAUAAACAUUAAAAAACUUACUAUAUGUCUUUAGUUUGGAGGCUUUUAAAUUAUUUACAAGCUAUGUCUCAAAUCUCAACAGAUUUAUAUAAAAUAAAUACAAAUGUUAUGAUUGAAAGUAACUCAGAAAAGGUCUUAAACAUAGUUUAAAAAAUAUUCAAUGUGGGAUCAGUUGUUUCUGGACCGAUACCAGUUGUUGGAGAUGUUUUUGGGAUUAUUAAUGCGGCACUUGAUUAUGCAAUUGAAUCAAAAAAUGAGAAUAAAUUUAACAGAAGAUUAAAACUUCUGAAUGAAAUUAUAAUAUAAUUUGCAGUGAAUCCAGCAUAACUAGAAAUUGAGGUUUAAAUGGCAGCAAUUAAAUUAGGAAAACAGCAAUUGCCUAAUUUGAAAGUGAAAAAAAGAACAGCGUUUACUUAAAGAGUAGAUGAAUUAGUAGCUAAGGAAAGCAGCUCUUCAGAAUUAUUUAAAGAUAUAUAUUGGUCUUAAGGAAUAGAAGAUGCAUUAAUCAUUUUAAAUUAUUUAGAAAAAAACUAAGAAUAAAUUUUAAAGCAAUAAAAAAAGCUUAGAGAAAUAUUUGAAGAUGCAAUUAUAUUAUAUUAAUACAUCCCUUAAGCUCCAAAAGUAGAAACAGUUUGUUCAUCGACUUGUUAAAUCAUAUGA